AAUAAUUGAAGCGCAAACACAUCCUUCGUUCUUUCAUAAAGGACAACAUGGCCGACCACAUUGCAAUAAGCUAAAAUAGACAACUGAUGCAACAAAUUCGAGAGAAGAAAAAGAAAAGAAAAAAAAAACAAAUAAUAAAGGAAGACGCCAUUGCCAUUGCCAUUGCAGUUGGCACCACACACAACCUGUGAGAGAGAGAGAGAGAGACAGAGAUGAAGGAGGUGAAAGAAGCGUUGUUCAUGAACAAGGGAGAAGGAGAAAGUAGUUAUGCACAAAACUCUUCUUUCACA